CCGCGAGCCGCCCGCGCCGCCGCCGCGCCGCCCGCCGCCAGCGCGCGCCCCAAACCCGCCCGGACCACCCGCGCACGCAUAUCCGCCGCCGCCGCCGCCGCCGCGCACGGCCGCACCGCUCGGCCCGCGCGCGCUUCGACGCGCCCGCCGGAAUGGCGUCCUCGGAGUUCUACCUGCGCUACUACGUCGGCCACAAGGGCAAGUUCGGCCACGAGUUCAUGGAGUUCGAGUUCGCGCCGAACGGCAAACUCCGCUACGCGAACAACUCCAACUACAAAAACGACACGAUGAUCCGCAAGGAGGUGACGGUCUCCGCCGCGGCCCUGCGCGAGGUCGAGCGCAUCGUCGCCGACUCCGAGGUCACCAAGGAGGACGACAACCAGUGGCCCGAGCCCGACCGCGUCGGCCGCCAGGAGCUCGAGAUCAUCUCCGGCGGCGAGCACAUCUCCUUCACCUGCAGCAAGAUCGGCUCGCUCCUCGACGUCCAGGAGUCCAAGGACCCCGAGGGCCUCCGUUGCUUCUACUACCUCGUCCAGGACCUCAAGUGCUUCGUCUUCUCCCUCAUCGCGCUCCACUUCAAGAUCAAGCCGAUCCCGUGAUGGGGCGCGUAGGGGGCUCGUAAAGCACUGGGCGCGCAUUUCG